AUGUGUAUAUUUAGACAUUUAGUUUUAGUCACAAUAAUAUACCAUCGUGGCAUCAGUGCAGCGUCGUACAGACCAAGGGAACCGGGGCUUCGGGACACUUCAAGUUGCGAGGUCAAGCCGAAAAAGGCCGUUGUAGCCAAAAAGAAGAAAUCAAUCGUUAAAAAAGUCGAAGCCGCCGGAACACCGAAGAAGAAGAAGCUCGUAGCCGCCAAGAAACCCGCGGCGGGCGAACCAGCAGCCAAAAAAGCGAAAAAGGCCGCUGCAACCAAACCCAAGGCGACUACAACGAAAAAGCCGGCCGCUGUCAAACCCAAAUCGAAGAAAACUCCAAUCAAGAAAACCGCAGCUCCCAAAAAGAAGUAG